CUGGACGAAAAGGGUGCAUUUGGAAAUUUGAUUGGUGGAAACUGUCCGGAUAUCUUGAGCGUUUGUUGCUUGGAUCCUGAGACCAACAGCCUGUUGCCUCCGCCAAUAACAGCACACGUACCCCAAUGCGGAACCCGACACGAUUUGGGCAUCGAUGUUCGCAUCACCUAUGACAAGAACAAGGUUGAGAAGUUCGGAUUAGGUCGGCAUGAGACCCAGUUUGGAGAAUUCCCGUGGAUGGGAAUCCUAUUGAAAGAAUCGAACGUGAACCCGGAUGGAGUGCAUUUCCUUUGCGGGGCUUCGCUGAUCCACCCUCAAGUUGUGAUGACUGCUGCUCAUUGCCUGAGGCCCGCACAAUUCAAUCCCUCGACGGAGAAACUCAUCAUUCGAGCUGGCGAAUGGGACACGACUAACGACUACGAGCCUUACCCACACCAGGAUCGUUAUGUCACGAAGGUUGUGCGUCAUCCCGACUACCAGCCAGGCCCUUAUUACAACAACAUAGCUUUGUUGUUCCUGGACAAGCCAUUCCAGUUGGAUCGUCACAUCGACACUAUUUGUCUGCCCAAGCCAGGAUUCACCUUCCCGCCAGGAACGGAAUGUAUCGCCACUGGAUUCGGCAAAAACGCUUUUGAGAACGGAGCCUAUCAGCAGAUCAUGAAGAAGGUUCUGGUCCCGAUCGUGGAACGCAAUUACUGCAUCAACCUCCUUCGCAGCACGCGGUUGGGAGACAGAUUCCGUCUGCACCCGACGUACUUCUGCGCCGGGGGCAAAGCCGGCGAAGACACGUGCACCGGACUCUUCACCUGCGUGUCCGGUCAGCCGCCAGCCGUUCAAUUCACGGUCGUGCACCCGCCAGCCAUCAAACGCUGGUCCCUCCAAUUGCCAGCCAGGGCAGUGCUUGGUCUCUCCAAUCCCCAGCCCACCAAACUGCGGUCCGGUCACCCAAUUGUUGGGGCACCCCAACAAUUGGUUCACCUUGUUGGUCCAAUGCCUGGUGCACUUCAGAUCAUCAAUAAUCAGAAGGGCGGUCAAAUUGCAUACUAUAAUGGCUAUUUAGAAGAAAAUGACAUGGAGAGCAUCAGUGACAGUGAGGAAGAGGCAGCAGAAGGCAAUUUGAAGAUGAUUAUUGAAGUCCUUUUGAGGACUAAUGAAACCAGAUAG